UGUCAUCGUGGAUCUCGUCCAAACAACGAAGCCAGGCUUUUGCGCUGAUACUCGUCGCAUUUGCGUUGCCCUGUCGUGUUCAAUCCAGGCCGAGAUUGUUCUCAUGAACCGAGGGGUGCAUGCGAACAGCUACAAAUGGAUUUCGAAGGAUCCUGACGUCGACCAUUUUAUUCUCAGACAGAUAUACCAAGAGCUUUACGAUGCUCAAGCUCACAUGGUCGUUGAGCUGCCCAAUGGAACGACUUGUCCAAAUGUCGGCAAGCGGUGCGUCAAUUGCGGCCAGCGUGGCCAUAUGAUUGCCCGGUGCCCUGAACCAUUGGUCUGCCGCAAUUGCUCCGAUGACGGCCAUGUUACAGAGGAUUGUCGGAAGCCAAAGACGAAAUUGUGCCGCCGUUGCCACAAGGACGAUCAUCUCGAGCGGAUUGCCUCAUGUGCAGUUACUGCCGCACCUUGGAUCAUAAAUCUAACGACUGCCCUGACAAGCCUCCCUUCACCGGUACCUGCAAUCUCUGCGAUGAACAGGGUCAUAUGGGCAAGGACUGUCCGAAGGACCCUUCACGUCGAUGCCACAAUUGCGACUCCCCCGACCAUCUGAUCAAGGAUUGCCCUCGACCGAAGAAGUGUAGGAAGUGCAAUGGAGAUCAUUGUACCGGCCAAUGUCCCACGAACAAGCCUUGCCGGAAGUGUCGAGAAAUCGGCCACCUGAGCCGUGACUGCCCCAAGUUUCCCCGAAGUGUUCGAUUUGCCAUGAACCCGGCCAUGACAACCAGAGCUGCUCGCACACUAAAGAUUAGGAAGGCGGGUGUUCAGCUGCAGCAGUCACUUCCCGGUAGCAAUAUCGCAAUACCGUCUGAACUUGAAGAUCAGGAUGGUGGUGAUUACGGCGAUGUAUUGGGAAACUCGGAACCCCAGACAGCGGCUGCUGCUGGCGGUGGAUGGGACGGCUCGGAUCAGACGGUGGCUGGUUCUGCUAAUCCUGGUGGCCACAGUAAUCCGGAGUGGUGAGCUUCAGAAGGAUUUGGUGCAGAUUUGGUGUUCCGUUUUGAUACAUAGCCAUGAUAGCUUUGCUCAUCGCUAUAGGUGCCUAUUAAUUUGG